CCCGAGGACCCGCCUGCUGCCGCCAUGUUCUACUACCUGUGCAAGAUCGUCAUCACGUCGACCUCGGUCCUGUACCCGCUGUACGCGUCGUACAAGGCCCUGCGCCCGGCGGCGAGCUCGGGCCUGACGCCGCAGGAGCAGGCCGAACGCCUCGAGCGCUGGCUCAUGUACUGGUGCGUCGUGGCGUGCGUUUGGACGUGGGAGCACUGGGCAGAGUGGAGCGUUAGCUGGUUCCCGUUCUACCACGAGGUCAAGACGCUCGUCAUGCUCUGGCUCGUCCUCCCCCAGAUCCAGGGCUCGACCUACAUCUACAUCCACCACCUGUCGCCGUUCCUCACCUCGCACGAGGACGACAUCGACGCCGCGCUCGCCGACGCCCGCACCUCUGCGACCCGCGCCGGCCUCGGCUACGCCAACGCCGCCGUGCGCCGCCUGCGCGCCCUCGUCCUCGGCUCAAUCCUCGGCCCCGACGCCGACGCCACCGCCACCGCCGCCGCCGGUGCUCGGCCUCGCGACAACGGCGGCGCCGCCCACGCGCCGCCCGUCCUCGCCGAGCCAGGCACGGCCGUCCCCUCGUCAGCCUCGGGCGCCGGCGCGGCCCAGCUCGCCCACCUCGCCGGUGGCCUCUUGCGCACGUACGCGCCCGCGGCGCUCGCGGCCGGCAACGCGCUCCUGCACCCGAUGGGCGCCGCGGGCGCGACGACGGCCCGUGCGCAGCAGGAGGGGGCGCGCCGUCGUGGGGGCGCCGGGGCGGGCGGGAGCGACGACAGCGAGAGGGACGACAGCGAUGCGUCGACGGAGUCGGCGUCUGGGACGGCGGCGGGCACGAGGAUGAGCGCGUCGAGCUCGUUCGAGGAGAUUGGGCGCGACGAGGCGAGCGGGUUCCCGCCUGCUGCGGGUGCUGGUGCGGCGGCUGGCACGAGGAAGGCCGGCGGGUGGUUCGGGUGGGGCGCGGCGGGCGAGGAAGCGGCCGUCGGGGCCGAGAAGAAGAACGCCUGA